AUGUCUGAGGAGGAGAAGAAGGAGAGGAAGCACAGUCACACUGGAGUGAAACCGUUCAGCUGUGAGGAGUGUGGAAGGAGUUUUACUCAAUUGGAUUCUUUAAAGAGGCACAAGAACAUCCACACAAAAGACAUGAUUUUCUCCUGUGAGCAGUGCGGUAAAGAUUUCUAUUCAUCAUCUAACUUUAGAAGUCAUGUUGUUAUGCACACCGGAGACAAAUCACACAGAUGUGACCAGUGUGGGAAAACAUUCACCUUGAGGCAAUCCCUGAGAAUCCACACACGUAUUCACACUGGAGAAAAACCAUACAAGUGCAGGCACUGUGACAAGACUUUUAGUUCACAGACUCAACGCACAGUACAUGAACGCAUCCACACUGGAAUGAGACCGUACAGCUGUGAGGAGUGUGGAAAGAGUUUCACUCGACUAGAUCAUUUAAAGUUGCACAGGAACCUCCACACAAAAGAAAUGAUUUUCUCCUGCGAGCAGUGCGGGAAGACCUUUAAGUCAAAACACAAUUUAAAGCUUCACCAGAGAAUUCACACCGGAGAGAGACCACACAGCUGUGACGAGUGCGGAGCAGCUUUCAACACUUUAACCACUCUACAAAUCCACCAGCGCAUCCACACAGGAGAGAAACCCUACAGCUGUGAAGAGUGCGGCUCAGCCUUCGCACUUUCAGAUACCCUGAAAAGGCAUCUCCGUGUGCACACUGGAGAGAAACCCUAUGUUUGUGACGAAUGUGGCAAACAGUUUACAGAGUCCAGCUCCCUCAGGUGCCAUCAACGGUUGCACACUGGAGAGAAACCAUAUAGCUGUGACCUGUGUGACAAAACCUUUGCUCUGCUGGGGGCCCUAAAGAGCCAUCGCCGUAGCCACACUGGAGAGAAGCCAUACUGGUGCGACAAGUGCAACAAAACCUUCACUCAGCGGUCCAGUCUAAACCUCCACAGGCGUCUGCACACUGGAGAGAGACCGUUCUGGUGCGAAACGUGCGGGGAAACAUUUGUUUGGCAAAACAGCCUGAAGGAGCAUCAACUCUCUCACACCGGGUACCCGUGCAGUCGCUGCGGGGACGUGUUCCCUGAUAGAAGCCUUCUGUACAAUCACAACCUAGGUCACAGGUGGAGAGAUAAACAGGUCAAGAGAGCAAUGCAAAUGAAAGCUGAGGCUGGGAAUCAACAGCCUGUGUAGAGGUUUCAGCUUUUGCCCCUGUAGCAGGGACAAUAAGAACUGGCUUGUGGGCACGACCUUCAGACUCACCGUCUGAUGACAAAAAUGACCUCAGUCCAGCCCAGGCAGGCUAACAGAUGAAGGGUAUGGAGUUGUUUAUUUGACAAAUGAUUAAAAUUCCUUUUUAAUGCUUCUGAUUUCAAACUAAGUUUUGUCAUUUUGAUAAAGAAAUGACUGAAACACUC